AUGGGAUCUGCUAACUUUGCUGUUAGUUUUCUUUCCUUGCCUAUUUAUACUGAUGAUGAUUCUCAUGCUUGCAUGUUGUCUAGUGUAUGUAGAGAUGUAUGGAAUAUAGAUAGUGGAGCUACUGAUCAUAUGACUUCCAAUAGAGAAAUCCUUUCUAAUUUGACUCCUCUUCCUACUCCUUACUUGGUGACCUUGCCUAAUGGCUGUAAGGAAAAGAACCUUUCCAUGAGGAAGCUUCUGGAACUUGGUAAAAUGGACCAAGGACUCUACAAGCUUCUUCAUGAUCAUCAACUCAAUAUAACAUCUAACUUUGUUGUUUCUGUCUUUAGAAAUAAUGUGCAAGAUACCUCCAUUUCUGACCAUUCUAGUAAGACUACACACAAUAAGGCUGCUUUACAUACUGUUCCUGUUAUAUUCUGCCUUCCCCGCCCUACUUAUGUACCUAUUUCACCUGCUGUUGGUGAUCCUCUUGUAUAUACUGAUCAUCCCCAUGCCUCUCCUGUUAAUACACCUUCUACUUAUACACAUUCUCCUAAUAAUCCACCUUCUGUUGAUACCUCUCCACACUCUGUACCUUCUGCCUUUCCUCCUAAUACUUCUCUCCCUGCACCUAGAAAGAGCAGCAGAAAUCACAACCUGUCCUCCCAUCUUAGAGAUUUUGUUGUGCAACUUCCUCCUUCCAUUUUAAGCUCCACUACUUUAUCCCUCUCUGCUGCACACACAGCUGAAGCUGAGCCUCAUUUUUAUUCUCAGACAACUACCAUUUUAGUUUGGCAGGAAGCCAUGAGAAAAGAAUUUGAGGCCUUAAAAGCUAAUAACACUUGGUCCAUAGUUGAAUUGCCUAAGGGUAAGAAGCCUAUUGGAUGUAAAUGGGUGUAUAAAAUUAAGUAUAAGGCUGAUAAGAGUGUAGAAAGAUAUAAGGCAAGGUUGGUAGUGAGAGGUGAUACACAAGUUGAAGGAAUUGACUUUCAUGAAACAUUUUCUCCGGUUGUCAAAAUAUGCACUAUUAGGUGCUUAGUUGCUUUUGCCAUUAAGAAAGGGUGGUCUUUGUAUCAGUUAGAUGUGAAUAAUGCCUUCCUUCAUGAGGAUUUAGAUGAGGAGGUGUAUAUUAAUCUUCCUCAAGGCCUCACAGUUGUUUCCUCUUCUCAAUUUGCUUCUCUUUUGGUUUGUAAAUUGCAAAAAUCUCUUUACGAUUUAAGGCAAGCCUCUAGGCAAUGGUAUGCCAAGUUGUCCCAAACACUUUGCACUAGGUCAGAUUCCUUUACUGUAUUUCUUGUUGUCUAUGUGGACGACAUUAUUCUCACUGGGGUUGACCCUCACGAGAUCACUGUCCUAAAAAUGUUUUUAGAUGAUCAAUUUAAAAUCAAAGACUUAGGAUUACUCAACUAUUUUUUGGGAACUGAGCUAUUGUAUGUUGAUUCUGGGGUGCUUCUUCAUCAGAAGAAAUUUUUUUUUGAACCAGUUGCUGAAUAUGGCUGUUCUGAUGCUUUAUUGUCUCUUCUCCACUUGAGCUAUGUCUCAACUCAAAUUUGA